AUGUUUAAUCACUCGCCUAGUAAGCUUCAUGGUGGUCUUGGAUCCCGGAAUGUCGAAGACCCUUCCCUCGGCGGCGUUGGGUUUGGCCUCGGGAUCGAAAACUCCGACCUACACCAGCAGUUCCAACAGCGAUUGCAACAGUUUCAGCAACAACAACCGCAGAACCACCACCACCAACAAAACCGACCGCAAGACCCUGCCGACUCUGCGAAUAGCCAACCUUCCUUCUCGGCCAGCCUUUCCUUUGCGUCCCCGUCGCCACAGGAUGCUUCGCUAAUGCACGGCUUUUCAACGAGUAUCGGGCAUGGCCAGGCCCACAAUCCAGUCCACGGCCAGGACAUGGAUAUGAGCGAUGCACACGUGCCCGAAGCGAGCGUGACGAACUUGAUUGCGCAGUUCGAAACUCGAAGUACGAAACCGCCCAAACCCGCGAAGCCUUCUCAUAUUUCAGCCUUUAACCGCGCCAGCAAUGCCCUUCGUGUGACGAGCCCAACUGGGGAACAGUUCACUUCAUCCUCGCUCAGGGUACGGAGCGGGUCGAUAGGCCGGCCGCCACCAGUUCGGUUCGGUAGUAUGGGACACCAGUCACACUCUGGGAUGCGAGUGACGAGCCCGACGCUCGGCCAGUCGACGGAUGCGUACGGGGGCAGGGCGGCCAGUCGAAACAACUCGCGCUCAGUCGCUACCCCAUCGUCUCCCUUCCCGACAAUAGCGAGCUCGAUGAACAUGUCCUCGCAAGGUCAUGCGCAAGCCAGCGCUCUCGGCGCAGUGCAUCAGAUGGACGGUGUACAGAACGAAACCUUCUUCGGCGGUGGGGCCAUGCCUACUAGUUCCGGGAACCUGGAUGGCGGCCAACCCUCGCCCUUUGGUUUUGCAAAUGGCGGCAACCGGAUGGUUCGGUCUAUGCAGGGCCACAUAAUGGAUACGUUUGGUAUGAGUCCCGCCAUUGAUCCUUCUAUCGACCCCUACGGCGAUAUUGGUGCCCUCGCCAACUUAGGUAGCAACGGUGGCGCCUCGCAGUUCGAUUCUAUGUCGUCCGUAGACCGAGUCCACAGCCCGAUGCAACAAACAACCACAAUGGGCGCAUUUCAGCUAGGGCUGGAUUCCAAACCGACGACACAAUUCGUCAACACGCCGACUGACGCCUUCCAGAGCCUCGAUCCCUUCCAGGCCAUGAGCUCGGUCGCAGCGAAUCACCACCACGGUCAGGUUUCGUUUGUAGAUAUGGCCGCCAAUUCAUCAUCGGACCCGUUCGCCGAUCUCGGGCUCGAUCUCCUCAGCGACGCCGAACAAAACCCGCCUCCUCUUCCCGUGCGGCCGAGCCAGCAAGGUUCACGGCCGUCCAGGGAACAGGUCCCCGCCGAAGCGUGGGAGUCUAUGAAAACGAUAAUUCGACAGUUGUAUCUGGAGGAGCGGAAACCGUUAAAGGAAGUCAUCCAGGUGAUGGCGGAUCGGCACGGCUUCCAAGCGACGCCCAAGAUGUACAAGACCAGGUUUUCACAGUGGGGUUUCGUCAAGAAUAACACGGAGGAUGAGGUCAAGAAGCUCCUAUCAAUGAAAUUCCAGCGAGAUGCCGAGGGUAAAGUAUCGGAGUUCGUUCGGAACGGGAGAGUAAUCAACCUAGGGACGUACCUAAAGAGGAAAGGGGUAACGGAGUACGAUCUUGUCGAUUUCGAGACACCGGCCGAUCUACCUACUUACGUGCGAUGUCGUACCCCAACGCCGCCUCCCGCUCCGGGCUAUCUGCGGUCACCAGACCUGCUCCGAGCGCAGGAGACUGUUGUUGGGAACAUGAGGAAAGCCUUCCUCCAUUGCCGUCAGUCGGAACUGGACACAAAGACGACGGUUGGGUGGUCUAUGGUCAUGGUUUGGGGUUCGAGCUCCAGCGAGCUAUUGUACGAGGCAAACAAACGGGUCGAGGCGGGCGAUGCGGGCCAAGGAGAGGACCUGAUUGAGGCAUUCAAGCAGCUUGAGGUGGACCUGCAGAAGUUAUCCCCGCAAGGCAUCAAAGAGGUGCUCUUGGGCAUGGUCCACCGCGACCCUGGCAUGAUGACGGCACUCUCCAAGUACCUAGCGGCUUACUCGGCGACGAACUACGAACGACUUCACCCCUACGGCAGAUUUUUACGACGUUAUGAGCUCGAGUCGAUAUACGGCCGAAGACAUCCGUACGUGGCAAGGACCUGGAUCGAUCUCUCCAUGUUUUACCAGCAGGCGAACAGCGAGCGGUUAGAGAGCCUCAUUGCCGAAUACCAACCUCUCGGGCGAUCGAUUGAGUCGAAGGAAGGUACCCACAGUGCCGAGGAUUUUGCCUUCCGUUACACGAUGCUGCAACUACUCCAUGCUGCUAACCCGCAAUCACCAGUGCUUAAGUCAGAGACGUUGGCGCUGUGGGACGCACUCAAGCAAGCCGGGCGAGCUUCGCUCACGAGGAGCUCAGAUGGCAACACGUACUGUGUGCAUGACGCGGUCAAGGUCACGCCUUGGACCAAGAGGUGCAAGGAUACGUACUCGGCGGUAGCCGAGCUUCUCAAAGGCAUACUGGCGUCAACCCUGUCUUUUAUUUCGAAGAGGACAUGCACACAUCGGAGCAUGUUCCAGACGCCUCGUCCGCGUGGGCGGCGGCCAUGGAGGUCUCUAUGA